CGAGGCUGGCUCAGAAGGGCAGCCGCGGGAAAGACCCAGGAGAACCCUAAAUCGCACCUGGACUUGCGCCUGAGCCUGAGCCCCGGCCGGAGCCUAAGCCCGCUGCAGGUAGCUGACGCCCGUGUUCUCUCGCGCCGGGCCUCGCAGCCCUUGUGUCUCUGCGUGGCUGGCUUUCGUCUCCCGCGGAUUGUCAGCAUGCAUUGCUUCCUGGUGCCCCGGCUGCUUUCCCUGAUGGGCAGGACAGCCUUGUAUUCCACAGCAGCCUCUCUCCCAAGCCCCAUUCUGAACCCAGACAUCCGUUAUAGUCAGCUGUUCAUUAACAAUGAGUGGCGAGAUGCGGUCAGCAAAAAGACCUUCCCCACAGUGAACCCUACCACGGGUGAGGUCAUCGGACAUGUGGCUGAAGGUGACCGGGCAGAUGUGGACCUGGCCGUGAAAGCAGCCCGGGAGGCCUUCAGCCUGGGGUCCCCAUGGCGCCGGAUGGAUGCCUCUGAGCGAGGCUGGCUGCUGAACCGCUUGGCUGACCUCGUGGAGCGGGAUCGUGUAUACUUGGCCUCGCUGGAGACCUUGGAUAACGGGAAGCCUUUCCAGGAGUCUUAUGCCUUGGACCUGGAUGAGGUGAUCAAGGUGUACCGUUACUUUGCUGGCUGGGCUGACAAGUGGCAUGGUAAGACCAUCCCAAUGGAUGGUAAGCAUUUUUGUUUCACCAGGCAUGAGCCCGUGGGCGUCUGUGGCCAGAUAAUCCCCUGGAACUUCCCAUUGGUCAUGCAAGGCUGGAAGCUUGCCCCAGCCCUUGCCACAGGCAAUACCGUGGUCAUGAAGGUGGCAGAGCAGACCCCACUCUCUGCCUUAUACUUGGCCUCCCUCAUCAAGGAGGCGGGCUUUCCCCCAGGGGUGGUGAAUAUCAUCACAGGCUAUGGCCCCACAGCAGGAGCAGCGAUCGCCCAGCAUAUGGAUGUGGAUAAAGUCGCCUUCACAGGCUCCACUGAGGUGGGCCACCUGAUCCAGAAGGCUGCUGGUGAUUCUAACCUCAAGAGAGUCACCCUGGAGCUGGGUGGGAAGAGCCCCAGCAUUGUGCUGGCAGAUGCAGACAUGGGUCAUGCUGUGGACCAGUGUCACGAAGCCCUUUUCUUCAACAUGGGCCAGUGCUGCUGUGCAGGCUCCCGGACCUUUGUGGAAGAAUCUAUCUAUGAUGAGUUUCUUGAGAGAACUGUGGAGAAAGCCAAGCAGAGAAAAGUGGGGAACCCCUUUGAGUUGGACACCCAACAGGGGCCCCAGGUGGACAAAGAGCAGUUCGAACGCAUCCUGGGCUACAUCCAGCUUGGCCAAAAGGAGGGGGCAAAACUUCUGUGCGGUGGGGAGCGUUUUGGGGAGUGUGGCUUCUUCAUCAAGCCCACAGUUUUUGGGGGUGUGCAGGAUGACAUGAGGAUUGCCAAGGAGGAGAUCUUCGGGCCUGUGCAGCCCCUGUUCAAGUUCAAGAAGAUCGAGGAGGUGAUUGAGAGGGCCAACAACACCAGGUAUGGCCUGGCUGCUGCUGUGUUCACUCGAGACCUGGACAAGGCCUUGUACUUCACCCAGGCCCUGCAAGCCGGGACGGUGUGGGUAAACACCUACAACAUUGUUACCUGCCAUACUCCAUUCGGAGGCUUUAAGGAAUCUGGCAAUGGGAGGGAGCUGGGGGAGGAUGGGCUUAGAGCCUACACGGAGGUGAAAACAGUCACCAUCAAGGUUCCUGAGAAGAACUCCUGAGCACAGCCACCCUGAAGGCCCAGUCCAGUCCUGCAGUUCCACAACUGUCCAGCCAGUGAAUGGCAAACCUUGAUUUUAGACAGAGUUCCAAACGAACUGUUAGAAGGAACUUGAGCAAAUAAAAUGAUUCAACCAGAUCUGUUCUAGUUAAAGCAGAAAUGGUGGCAGGCCGACCUCUGCCCACCUCUUCCCCAGUCCUGGCCUCACUUCCUUCAGAUUUCUUCAAGAGACCUUAGGAGUUUCCAGAAGGCCCAUUAAAAGCCACUGCUUCUUCAGCUAUAAGAAGGAAUGAAAUAUGGGCACAAGCACAACAUGAAUGAGCCUCAGAAACAGCGUGUUAAGUAAAAGAAGCCAGCCACACGUUGUCCAGACAAGGCAUAUUCAUAGAAGGGGCUACGGGGUCGGGGAAUGGGGAAUGGUUUAUGUAUAUGGGGCUCUUCUUGGGGAGGUUUCGAAAAUGUUUUGGAAUUGGAUAUAUCUGAACCAGUUUGCAAAUGUACUAAUUUUCCACUGAAUUGAACACUUAAUUAUGAUAUGUGAAUUAAUUUCAUUUUAAAAUUAAAAUAAGUGCAGCAUUCUA